UGGAUGAACGAACGUCGCAUGAGUGAAGAAUAUGACAAGGGUGUUUCGCAGUUCUUGCAAUACGUUGAACAAAAUGCUAAGUCUGUCAACGGGACAUAUUUUUGUCCUUGUGUGCGUUGUCUUAAUCAAAUACGCCAAGACUUAGGCAAUGUGCGUGACCAUCUAUUCAUGUACGGCAUAAUGAGGACUUAUACCGUUUGGACUUGGCAUGGAGAAGUACUUGAGCAGCCUACCACGUCACGAGGAACAAAUUAUGUGGAAGAAUGGAUGAGUGACCAUUUAGAGGACAUGAUACGUGAUGUCGGUGAAGAUAAUUUUGGAAGGGCUAAUUUGUAUGAUACUCUUAUUAAUGAUUCAGAGCAACCGUUGUUCCCAGGAUGCUCAAACUUUACACGCUUGUCUUCAACUUUAAAGUUGUUUAGUUUAAAAGCAAGGAAUGGAUGGACCGAUAAAAGUUUCACCGAGUUGUUGGAGUUGUUGAAGGAGAUGCUUCCAGAAAAUAAUACUCUACCUAUUCGUAAUUACGAGGCCAAAAAAAUUUUAUGUCCAAUGGGUCUUGAAUAUCAAAAGAUACAUGCUUGUCCUAAUGAUUGUGUUUUGUACACAAAGGAGUUUGCUUCGUUAAACUAUUGUCCAACAUGUGGUUUAUCCCGUUUUAAAAAGAAAUCUGACAGAGUCACUGGUAAUGAAGGUAAUGAUGGUGCACCUGCUAAGGUGAUGUGGUAUUUGCCUAUAAUACCUAGGUUCAAACGUAUGUUCUCUGUUAAAGAAGAUGCAAAGAACCUUAAAUGGCACUCUGACGAAAGAAAGUGCGAUAAUCUUCUUCGACACCCUGCUGAUUCUCCACAAUGGAAAAAGAUUGAUGACAAAUUCCCUGAAUUUGGUGCAGAUCCAAGAAACUUAAGGCUUGCACUUGCAACUGAUGGUAUGAAUCCUUAUGGAAACUUAAGUAGCAAACACAGUUCGUGGCCAGUUAUGUUGAUGAUUUACAAUCUUUCUCCUUCUUUGUGCAUGAAGAGAAAAUAUGUGAUGUUGACCAUGAUGAUAUCGGGUCCUAGACAACCUGGAAAUGACAUUGAUGUUUACUUAGCACCUUUAAUUGAUGAUUUGAAAUUGUUGUGGGAAGAAGGCAUCGACGUGUUUGAUUCACAUGUUCAGGAACAGUUCCGUUUGCGUGCAAUGUUGUUUUGCACUAUAAAUGAUUUCCCAGCAUAUGGAAACUUGAGCGGUUAUAGUGUUAAAGGUCAUUUUGCAUGUCCCAUAUGUGAAGAAAACACUAGUUACCUUCAGUUGAAGCAUGGUCAGAAGACAGUAUAUACAAGACAUCGAAAAUUUCUUCCUCGUAAUCAUCCUUAUCGUAGAUUGAAAAAAGCAUUUAAUGGAAGUGCUGAGGAUGAGGUUGUGUGCAGACCCCGGAAUGGUCAAGAGGUGUACAACGAAGUCAAAAACAUUGACAUUGUGUUUGGAAAACAUCAUAAAAGUACCUCUGCAAAGACCAUUUGGAAGAAACGAUCGAUAUUUUUUAAGCUUCCAUAUUGGUGUGAACUUGAUGUUAGACAUUUUUAUUAUUAUAGUUUCCUUAAUUAGUUGAAUAACUAUUUGUCCUUCGUGAUAGGUCUCACUGGCAGCUGAUGGUUAUCAUUCCCAAACAAUGUAAAAUUAUAUGGUUUUGUUCGUUGCACAGGAAGAUGAAAAAUGACUUGAGAACCAUGCUUCAAGGAGUUAUUGGUAAAUCUCGUGGUCAAUUGGUUCAAAUUUUGUAUCCAAAGUGUAACCAGCAGGUAGAUUCAUGGGAAUGUGGCUUCUAUGUGAUGUGUUGGAUUAAGACCAUCAUUCGAGCUGUCAUUACAGAUGACUGGAAUGAGCGCUUCAAGACUACAUCGCCUAUUGCAGAGGACACAAUUAACCAGAUAAGGCAGGAGUGGACCGCUUAUCUUUUACAAAGAUGGAGUUAGGAAUAGUUAUAUUUCUUCUUGAUUGAACAUUGUUUGGUUUUAGUUUUAUUUUUAUGUUAAUAGUUUGGUAGUGGAUUGAACAUUAAGUAGAAUUUUGUUUAUAUAAAACGCAUAUUUAUGU